AUUAUAUUUAGAUUCUGAAUUCGCUUUCGAGCAUUGGGCUACCAUCAACUAGUGACGACACCGAUGGCGUGACUCUCAGUGGAAUAACACUUGCUGUAGAGGCCCUAAGUCAACUCAGCGAUGCACAGAUGAAUGGUGACGCUGUCCAUCCUGCUGAGAAAAAGGAGAAAACGGUCACAAAAGAAAGGACUAACUUUUCUCGAAUGCCUAAGUGUUGGGAGACACCUUCGACAUCAUCAGAAGUUACCGACACGGAACGCAAAGUGGUGGAAAAUGCGGGCUCCAUUGUUAUUUUCACAUCUUUCACCGAAGCUGAGCGUUUGACUGAGCUGGAACGCGAGGUCGCAGAUGUGAUAAAAUGUCGGAAUAGAAUCAUCAAAUCUCUCCAGGAUAGUUCGUAA